UGUAUCAUUUUCAUUACUAUUUUGUUUAAACAAUGUUGUUUUAAUCGUGUAUAUGGAUAGCGUGCCUGUUCUGGCUGGACAAUGACGUUUCUAUUCUAUUCUAUUCUAUUCUAAAAACUACAUGUAAGGUAGAACAACUGCUGAUAUGAAACAUGAUAUCUAAUUGACUUCACUGCCAGAACCGUCUUUGUUUCCAAAGACACAGGAGGACAGAAAUAGACACUUCUCUGUCCCCUGCCAUAAAUUUCUGCCACUGCCAGUCACUUGUCGUCCAGGCAGCAAGCCCCCCCGGCAGCAACAGUCACACGUCUCAGUCUGUUGCUUCUGAUUUGUGCCUGUCGAUACAGUUUUUGUGAGAACUGGGAUGUACCAAAACCACAAAAACGCCACCACCAACAACAACAAUUGCAGUAAGAAUCUUCUCUGUGAUCUCAAGCAAAAACUUGUGCAGUCUAUUAAAAGAAUCAAGCAUGAGGCAGAUGAGUGCAGAGAAGCAGAGAGGACAACGUACGUAGAGUCAUUGGAAGUUGAGACCAGGUUUGAUGACCUAGAGCGAGAAAUCCGAGCCGAGUUCGAGAACCUUCAUCGCUUCCUGGAUGAGGAGCAGUGUAAGGACCUGGAGCGACUGAGGAGGGAGAGACAGAAGCAACUGAAGCAGCUGAAGGAGAGAGAGAAGAAGAUAGCAGCACAAGAGAAAGACCUGGAGCGAGCAAUCACAGUGCUUAACAGAAAACUGGCUGAGGAGGAGACUCCUAAGCUGCUGAGAGAAAUUCAAGACCUUAUAAAAAGGUCUCAGGUGAGCUUUGUUCCUCCUGCAGAGGUGGACACUGAGGUGCGCUCAGGCCACUUUGUGGGGCCCAUUCAGUACAGGAUAUGGAAGCAUAUGAAAAGCUGCCUUUAUCCAAAUAUUACUUCAAUGACCUUUGACCCCGAGACAGCUCACCCUAAGCUCUCUCUGUCCGAGUCUUGCACGUCAGUCUGGUUUGAGGAGGAUAGCGAUACAAAUGAUUGCCAGGACAACCCACGGCGGUUUCACUACUACUACUGUGUAUUGGGUCGUCAGGGCUUCACCACGGGCCGACACUACUGGGAGGUGGAGGUGGGUGGUAAGACAGCAUGGAGGCUGGGUGUAGCGCGAGACGAUGUGCCAAGAGGAGAGAUGGCUGCUACAGGAACCUCCAGUGGCCUCUGGACGCUGGCACUGAAGGAAGGAUCCGUCCUGGCCUGCACUGACCCAAAACCCACCAAAGUCGUCGUGUCUGUCCACCUUGAACGCAUCGGAGUUUUCUUAGACUGUGAAAAGGAGGAGGUGUCCUUCUAUAAUGCUGUUACCAUGGCACCAAUCUACACCUUCACCAUGGAAACCAUCAUGGUUCCCCUGUUCCCCUUUUAUAACCCAUGUGACUCAGAUGAUGGAAACAACACGGCACCGAUUGAGAUUUUUAACCCAUCACUAUAAGGAACUGUAGAAAGAAAUGGUGGAUGGUCCAAAGAAAGUUUUUAUUUCUUAAAACUUAAACUUUCUUAAGUCAACUCAUUAGAUAUUAUUAUUAGUAGCAGUAGUAGAAGGCAAAAUCGGAUUUCCACUUUUCUUUAAACAUAAAAUUAUAAAGUAUUCAUUGAUUACAGUGCUAAAUAUUAUUCACUUGUAAUUCUAAUGCUAAUAUCAUGCUACUAGUACUACUAAGAACUAUAUUUAUAUAGCACUUAUCUAAACAAGGUUACGUUGAUGCAAUGAUAUAAAAAGUGCUGUAGGUCUCGUUCCUGUUGGAGAAUGUUCACAUUAUAUAUUCUCAAGAAAACGUACAAACUGUGACCGUUACUGUAUCCACAAACUGUAUUUUAUGUGCAUCUUUGAAUUAGUACUUAGAUACCUUUGAAAUAUGCUUGAAUAAAUGUGAUUUAAUUGGA